CGAAAGAAAGUAUUAGAGGUGUGAAGGUGUCAGGGUUGUUGAAAACCAGAGGGUGUGUUAGGGAGAGAUACUUUAUCACGUCACAGUUGUUGUGGGUACAGGAGAGGAUAGCGGAUCACGAACGGAGGAGAAAAGAUGUACGGAGGAAACGGAGGUUUUAGAAAUAAUGGUCCGAACGACGGGCAAAAUUUUGGUGAAGGGGGAAAUGGAGGGUAUGGCGGUGGGAACGGCGGAAACGGUGGCAGCAACGGAUAUGGAAGAGGCGGUGGUGGAUACGGAGGAGGGAACGGGGGCGGUAAUAGUAUUACGUGCUAUAAUUGCGGAAAAUACGGGCAUAUUGCCAGAGACUGUUGGUCGAGGCAGGGGAAACCAUCCAAUCAGGAUCGUGAGAUGGAGGAUAUGAUGGAUCACUAUCGGAGUUUGAUUAAGGAAAGGCAGGAGGCAGAGGAGAGGAAGAGGGUGGAGAAGCAGAAAAGGAUCAAGGACGACGAGGAGAGGCGCAGGGCUCUUGAUCUGGUGCGGGCUACGGAGGAAAUCCGUAUGGAGUUAAGGGCCGAUAUUAAGAGCCAGUGGAGAAAGCAGCAGGAGUCGACGGUGGCAGAAGCAACAAAAGUGGCGGAACUGAAGGCGGUCGAGGCAGCAUGUGCGGCGAGAACUGUUGAGACCAUGACGAAUGGGAAUAUCGCCACGAUACAGAGGAAUACCCCGGGGAGGGGAAAGGGGAGGAAGUCUCAUGAGGAGCAAACCACUGACAUGGAAGAGAGCUCUGAAUCGGAUCUGGAAGAUGAAAGAUCGAGGAAAACGAGGAAGGAUUUGAAGCUCAAGCGGAAGAAUAAGGGAAAGAAGCGAACCAAGAACAACGGAAAAAAGAGGGGGUCGCCGUUGGAGUAUCAAGAACAGCAUGUCAUUGAACGGGGAGAGUGUUCCAAGGGGAAACAACGAUGGGGAGGACGGGAAAGUCCGGAGCAUAGAGGGUCAGAAGAACCGGCCACUCCGGUUGGGACGAAGCACAUGCCUGCGGAAUGCUCCCAGAAAGGGAUGAUUGAGUACUGCUUGUCUGCACACAAGCUGUACUCAAAAGAGAAGGCAACCACGCUCAGGAAGAUAUGCACACAAGAAGGGAUACAAUACACACGGAAGCCGUUGAUAAUUGAGGAACUAGCGAAGAGACAAGUGAUGCUUGCAUACGACGGGUUCGAUGAGGAGAAAGUUCGGCAGGUAGCCGCGGGGGAUGCUGCGAGGUCUCCGGAGGUGGUGACACUAGUGGCGGGAAAGGUGACACCACGGCCAAGGUCAGAACGGGUGCUCCUGCGAUCAGCGAUCGGUAUGGCAAACGUCGAAAGGGUUAUUACGUCCACGACGAUUCUGCUCACGAUACGAGGUCAGAUUCCUUGGGUGGAGAAGUACUUGAACAAGGUGAUGAGAUGCGAUGAGGUCGGGGGAUUCAACAGUCUGAUCAAUUUGGAUUCUGCCGGAGUAUACGUCAUCGUAUGUCCUUGGGCAAGGAAGACAUACGUGGGAUGUACGGUAAGAACCAUCUUGCAAAGGUGGCGGGAGCAUCUGGCGAAUGCAUACACGAAUGCAUUGGGGUUAUCCCCGGUUCUCUACCGGUGGAUGAGACGUAUCGGACCGGAGCGUUUUCUCGUCAUUCCACUUGCGCAUAUUGAUAGAGACGAAGACCUGGCCUUUGAGAAGCAUCUGAUUCAAGAUCUGUCCCCCAGUUUGAAUACAUGCGGAAGGAAGACGCGGGAGAAGGAGGGGAAUGCACGCCGGAGAGGGAGACGAUGGAGAAGACAAAGAUCGAAGGGAACGCGACAGAGGGGGGCGGAGGUCAGGAGUAUGGUGACCUUUUACGAAGGGACCACGGCGCAUAUAUCGCUGCUGAUCUGGUUGGAACAAGCUCAUAUGGACAAUCGGAGGAACAGAACGCUGUCAUUCGGAACAGGGACGGUAUGGGUGGAUAACUGGAAACAAAUUAAGAGGAGAUUCGACCUUUCAGACGUGCGGGUUGGACUUAGUAGAAGGUUGCUGAGGGAUGUGAAGAAGGACUUCCAGCACGGAGGGCGGGUCACGUUCGAGAAGAUCCGCAGGACGAGGACGACAACGGAGCAGAAUAAGCAAGAACUGCGAAGGCUUCUGAAUACUCCUAGGCUGGCUUGCUGUCUGGGUAGGUGUACGAUCAACAAGUUGGUCGGGAUGUACAAGGCAGCAGGGUUAUUCUCGAAGAAGAAGACUAAGAACGCUCUUCGGAUCAAGUUAGACAAGGCGGUACGCACGAAGACGGGGAUAAGUAUCAGGAAACGGAUUACUGUGAAGUUGCCAUAUGAUCCAAGGGUUGUGAGACAGGAGGUCAGGCGGGCUGCGGAGAAUAUGGUCGAAGCAUGCAUCCGGGACAAGGCACUUGCGAACGCGGUAAAGGACAGGAUUCAGGUGGUUUGGACAAGGAACAGAACCGUGGCUGAGAUUAUCCAUAACCAUAAGAAGGCAUCCUCAACAGAACCAGUGGGCUGCAGAUGCACAGAUUUCAAUAUGGCGAAGAAGGAUGGUCAUAUCCUUACACGGUUUACUGACAUGACGAUUGUACCGAUCUUCUUGCGCAACAGCCGGAACAUCACGAAUCAUGAAGGAAAUCGUUAUCCGGGGUUUAUAUCGCAAAGGAUUUGGGAGGUUGGAAAACACCUGAAACCUGACAGCAGGCCCACGGUGGAUAGGGGGCAAGUGUUUAGGAUCAGGGCGAUGACUGUCACGGCUUGGUCAGACCAGGAGGUGAAGGUCUGGGCUAUGAGGUUUCGUGGACUGGUGCUAGCUCCUGUGGAUAGGAACCAGGGAGAUACGGCCGUGAUGUGCCUAGUUUUAUAUAGGCACGGGUUCGGGUGUGCACUUGUGUGGAAUGCAAGCUACGAGAAGGUAUUGUCGGAAGAGACCACGAUUUUGAGAAACUACAGAGAGGAGUUUAACAGACUGGGAUUCGGGAAGAUCGGAGACUGGAAGCGAGAUGGGAAGAUUGGAGCCACGUUUGUCCUUCCGAAAGACAAGGAUUUGAGCAAAUAUAAACCAAUUGCUCCAUCCUUCGCGGAUCCUGCUGUUUUGGUGCAGAAGCAGGUAGCGAAGGCGCUACACUAUCUGAUGGUUAUGUUCCCAGAGAGGGGGAGUAUGUACAUGAAUUCGGUGGUUGUUUUGAGCACCCGAUUGGAGGCUGUGAAUUUUAGAAUGAGGAAGGAGGGGGCGAUCGGAGCAUUGGGCAGAUGUUACGAUAUAAAGGAUAUGUUUGCCAGGAUACCGCACGAGGCGGUGAUGCAGUCGGUCGGGGAGCUUCUGAGAUGGUUUGGGGAUCGAGGAUGGAAGCAAGUCAGGGUGUCGAGAAGAGGAAAGCUCUGCACUUUGAGCAGGAGGGGUAAGUACGCGAAAGGAUUUGUGACCAUUACACUGGAACAAAUUAUGGAGGUCGUGCGGUUCGAUUUGAGGAACGCCUUCGUCAGAUGCGGGAAACUGAUUGAAAGACAGGUGUUCGGGAUCCCUAUGGGAAAAUUGACAAGUCCGGUGCUGGCGUCGAUCACUUGUGCAAUGGCGGAAUUCAAGUUCCUUUUGGAAUUGGGUGCGGAUCGGGCAUUGGUAUACGGGGUACGAAUUAUGGAUGAUGUCUCGAUCAUUGUCGGCCACGGGCAUUUGGCUGAGGAUGUGACACGAGCGACCAGGAUUUUCGACGAAUUCGAAGGAAUUUACGACCACCAUCUGCAGCUCGUACGAAAGGAUGAGCGAUACAACACAUGGCAAUUUAUCGGAGGGGACGUAUACGUGGCAGCAAACCCAGUACAAGUGCAUUUUGUACCCAAGACGAAGAACACAGCUGUUUUGAGGGAGUCCGGCACGCUGCAUUUUCAGCCCAUGCAGGAUUUUUCUUCCUUCUCAGAAAAGAGGACCAAGAAGGCGGUGGUUUCCGCCACACUGCGUAGACUGUGGGAGCAGACCACCAGUAAGGCGCUGGCCAUUGGCCCGAUCGCAUAUGCUAUCUGGGAAACACACCUCCGGGGAUACCCCCCGGAGGUCUCUCUCGACGCUUUGGCCAAAUUGGCUAAAGCUGCAGAUGAAGCUACACUGAGAACCCUGUGGAAGGCAUUCGCGAAUCUGCAAAGGCAAGUCGGGAGGCCGACAAGGAGGGCAGUGGGGUAGGAGGGUUUUUAUUCUUUUUAUCCCUUUAUUCAUUUUUGGUUUUUCAGAUAGAAACAKGAUGACAUAAUGUUGGGUCCUGUUCUUGCGAUACCCRGAUCGUAAUAUCCGUAAAAUCGGCAGGUCUUUAUAAUAGUGGUAGUAGCUCCSGUACGGGGCARGACRGGACGAUACGAGACGCUCCCAAAUUUUAAAAGU